AGAUAUAAGAGUGUAAUUUUACCUAGUACGCUACUGCUCACAGGCAGUUUUGCGAUGAAAUUCGUUUGGAAAGAACUAAGUAAAUAUGUUGCUGAAUACCACACUGACACAGUUGAAUUUUGCUCAAAUGGAUCACUAGCUCUUUGUGGCAGUUAUGAACUAAAAAAUGUUACUCAAGAACGUAUUGGUGGCUUAUUGUUAUUCAGUAGAGUUUCAACCGAUAAUCAGUAUGUUUUAUCGUGUAAUAUAUCGUGUUCUGGUGUGUUAGAUACCAGUUGGUUAAAUGAUACUAUUGCAAUUGGUGCGUUGGCAAAUGGUUCAGCAAAACUAUGGAAUUGUACUAUUGAUAGUCCAUUUAUAAUUGAAUUAUUGAAUCUUCCAAUAUCUAAUUGCAUUCUACUAUCUGUCGACUCAUGUUCAGAUAGAUUCGUUCUCAGUGAUUCAGGUGGGAAUAUUAGUGUGUGGAAAAUCGACACAUCAUCCUGUUCACAUCCUCAGUUGAUUGAUAAGUGGUCUGGACAUGAAUUUGAAGCUUGGUGUGCGUGUUUAAAUAAAUGGAACAAUGAAAUAGUUUUCACCGGUAGUGAUGAUUCAAAAUGUUGUGUUUGGGAUCUACGUGAAGGAUGUAAAAAACCGUUAAAUAUCAUCAGACAUAGUGCCGGUGUUUGUAGUAUUCAAAAUUAUCCUAACGUAGAUUAUGCCAUUUCUACUGGAAGUUAUGAUGAAACUUUGUGCAUAUGGGAUUUACGUAUGAUUCAGUCAUCUGACAAGUUCCGUACUACUACUACUACUACUACCCCUAUACAGAAAUGUCAAUUCGGUGGUGGAGUUUGGCGUCAUAAAUGGAAUUCAUAUAAUUAUGUUAUAGUCAGUGCAAUAUAUGAUGGUUUCGCUGUUACACAUUUACCAUUGCAAAAACCGUUUAAUUGUGAAAAUGAAAUAGAUUCUGUGUAUAAAUUUCGUUCGACUAAUGGACAAUUAGCUUAUGGUAUUGACUGGUUAUUAUUCAAUGAUGAAAUGAAUCAAACAAAAACGGAUUUUAUUAAAUCUACUGUAGUUUCUUGUUCAUUUUAUGAUAAUACUAUAGAAUUCGGUGAACUUCUUAUUAAUUGUGUCAAUGUAUAAAGCUGGGUAUUUUUGUAUUUAAAUUAUACUCGAGUUAUUUAUAUAUAUAGCUAUCGGUUCAUGUUAA